AAUCAUACAUUUGACAUCUCUACUUGCUUGAAACAAUAAGAGAGGAAGAGGAGGCGAUCCCGCGAAAUAGGAGAAUCACCAAGAUGAAACGUGCUGAUUUGAUCGCUGAACUUCGCCACGAGCAAAGAAGAAUCCAGGCGAUGGUCAAGCGGCGGGACGAGACUAAAGCUGCCCUGCGGCAGUGCAACAUACAGCUGACGGACACCAGGCGCAUUUCGGAGGAGAGGGAGCGGGAAUUGGCCAACGAGAGGAAUGCCCUGCUGCAGACGCUGCAACAGAAAAUGUCCAAAAACGAAAUGCAGGGUCAACAAAUCCUGGAGCAGGAUCAAUCCAAGAAUGCCAUUGUGCAGAGCAUCCUGCAAGAUAUCGAAGCCAAGGAGACGCACCUCAACUUGGAGAUCGGUGUGAUGGCCAAUCAGCGGGAUGAUUUGCACCAGGAAAUGCAAGGGGUGAAAGCAGAGCUAAGCAGGAUCCACGAGGAGAACAGCUGUUCGAUUUGUCUCUCGCCCUGGGAGGCCGAAGGCCCUCAUCGCAUUGUGUCCCUGAAGUGCGGCCAUCUUUUCGGGGACUGCUGCAUCCGCCAGCACCUGGUUCACAGGACAGACUGCGGCCUCUGCAAGCAGCCAGUGAGUCAUCAAGAUCUCCGCUAUCUCUUCGGCUUCCCUGUCCUGGUGGCUACCCAGCCUGCUCCGUUGGGACAAGCUGCUCCUUGA